GUUUCAGCGACACCAUAACAUUCGGUCUUGUGAUGUCAAGCUUGAACUAAAUCUCUUUCACAUCUUUUUAAUUGGCAGAUAACCAUGUAUAAAGCGUGAUUAUUGUAAAAGUGCAUGAAAAGAUAGUUCUUUGUUAUUUUGCAUUGGUAUAGGGUGACAUAAUUUUGUUGAAAGAUGGCAGGAUUCGGUGGAGAUGCGUGGCUGACAGACCAUGAUGCCUGUGUUCGUCUGGGUCAAACUAUCAUGGAAAUGCUGAAUGAAAGAGAUGGUCUGCAGAGAAGUGGCUCAAACUACUCAAAGAUUAAUGCAGAAAUCCGGUCUCGUAUCAGGAGGUAUCAGCAGGAUGUUCAACUAUUGGAUCAAAAUCUCAAGAAAGCAUCAAGUUCAUUCCACUUAACACAGAGGGAGGCAGACAGAAGGAGAGCAUUGGUAGAUAACCUGAAGGCCAAAGAGAAAAUGUUACAAAACUCUUUCAAGCAAGAUGUCACAUAUUCAGCACCUGAAAGAACAAGUCUAUUGCCAAGUACAUCGGGCUUUGCUCAGGAUGGCUGGGGAGGAGUAAGUGAAGAAACAAGGAAUCUAUCAGUCAAUGAAUUACAACAAGAACAACAGAGAAUAAUACAGGAACAAGACCAAGGUCUAGAUGACUUGUCAGCAAUCAUCAAUAAACAGAAGAGACUUGGACAAGUCAUAGGACAUGAGGUGGACGAACAUAUCGGUAAGAGAGAUAGAAUGUCAAAAAAACUUGAACAAAACAAAGGGGAAAAAAUGUGAAAAAAACACCCCACUACAUUCACAAUUUCAUUGUGGCAGAAGUGCAACCACCUGUUUGUAAAAAUUGUACUCACCCAUCUAAAAAAUGAUAUUUAUAUCUUGCAAAUUAUUGCUGCCCUAGAAUUUUCCAGAAAAAACUAAAACAUUAUCCCUUGCUGUAGCCUGCAGAGGACUAAUCAUUUUUAUUGAUGUGGUAUUUCUGUUGUACUUGUGAGCAUUUAACUCUCUUGGAAGUUUGAUGGUCUUAAGAUAAAUGAGAAGCUUACACCAAGAACAGCAAUUUUUUUUGUCACAGGUGAAGGGGGGGUAUGUUCGACCCUCUUACAUUGGUAGACCCUAGAAUGCCCCCCCCCCCGAAAUUGAGACUAUAGCAUCGUGAGCAUCAUGCUUAUUGGACUUGAGAGCUAUGUGCAAGUCUAAUAUGGUUCUUAAAUCACAGCCAAAUUUCAGGUUUUUUGCAUUAUGCUUUCAAGUUUUUAUGUCUUAAAACAUGAUUACGAUUUGGUGAUUUCAGAUGUCAUUCUUUUGUGAUGAGAAGGCUCCUCUAUACCUCCCUGUGACAAAUUAGUAUAUCUCAAAACUGUUAAAUUGAAACCUUUGGACAGGCAAUGAAUGGAAAGGUCUGCUGCCCUCUAUUGGCUGUUAGUUGCACUCAUGGAUAGAAUGAGAUGUAGUCAUUGUGGGUGCACUUGUUGUGUGUGAAAAACACUUGUAAAAUUCUCUCUCUCUCCAUUGAAAAAUGGACAAAAUGACAACGAGAGGGUGUACUGCCCUCUAUUGGUGCUACGGGUGUCGUCCUGAGGAGAAUGAGUUGAGAUUAUUUUGAGUGGAACUUGUUUUGUGCGGAAUGCACCUCGCUGACUCCUGACACAGACAUGAGUCAGAGGAGUGUACAUUUGUAUAGGCGUCACGCGCGUAAAACAUUCCCCAUAGACUUGUGUGUUAAAAUGGCACUUUUG